UGAACACGAGCCGCAGGUUAACACCGAGAAGAAGAGUUGGAACAAAACACGGAAGAACUAGAAAGCUAGCUAGUUGGCAUAAUGAGCUAAAGCGUCUUUCAUUUUAGUAACCAUAACUACUUUGUUUACUUCAACCAGCCUGUUUUGGCUGACACCUGCAGCGGAGACUGAUACAUUAUAUGAAGUUAAAUACGAAAUAGUUGUUUCACCUAACAAUGUUUAACAAGUCGUAUCAGCUGCUCCCUCAGAGGGACUCCACCAGUCCGAGGACUCCUGGCUUGUUUGUGGACACUGAUGGCCUUAAACAGCUCGGCUACCACAAAGGACUUUCAUUUGACAACAUGCCCAAUGUUUCUGAAAACGACUUCACUGAUACCUCCCAAGGAUGGGUGUCCUGGAUUUGCAACCUGAUUGUCAUCUUCCUUGUCUACAUCUGCACCUUUAUAACUUUUCCCAUAACAGGAUGGUUUGUACUGAAAACGGUGCCUAACUACCAAAGGAUAGUAGUGUUUCGUCUGGGUCGAGUUUCUCCUCCAAAGGGCCCUGGUAUUGUCCUUGUGCUGCCCCUCAUUGACCAGUGGCAGAGAGUGGACCUGCGCACCCAUGCUUUCAACAUCCCUCCUUGCCAGGUGAAUACUCGGGAUGGCGGUGUGUUGUCAGUGGGAGCAGACAUCCAGUUCAGGAUCUGGAACCCCGUCAUGUCAGUAAUAUCAGUCCAGGAUCUGAACGCCUCAACCAGGAUGACGGCACAGAAUGCUUUGACCCACAGCCUGGACAAGAAGACUGUCAGGGAGAUCCAAACUGAGAGAGUUAAACUGGGAGAAUAUCUCGGGAUGGACAUAAAUGAGUUGACUCGGCACUGGGGGCUGGAGGUGGACAGGGUAGAGCUUACCCUUGGCUCUCUACUAAAAGCACCAGUUGAAGGCACCUCUGGACCCCUAAUCAUGCCUCCCUCUGUGCCUGGACUGGAAGGCCUCACUGGCUCCAUUCAACAGUUGGCCAUGCACUUUCUGGGCCACAGUGGUAGUUCACAGCCUCAACAAGAGGACAGCAUAACUUUUACAGAUGAGCUCAGCAGUGCCCCUCAGGCAGUCAUGGCCACACCGGGUUCUGUUGAAGAGCUGCUUGGCGGGAUCAAGCUCCUGCUCUCUGAAACUUUGGUCUACCAGAUUGGGGCCUGCUUCCAGUUUGACAUAAGCUCAGAAGAUGGACAACAUCACAGUUACUAUGUGGAUCUGAGCCAAGGUAGCGGUGCAGCUGGAGCAGGGUCCUUGUGCAGACAGCCAGAUGUGACAUUGAAUAUGAGUGACAGCGACCUACUGGCCAUGUUCCAGGGAGGGCUACGGCCAUUUGCAGCUUACACUAGUGGCAGACUUAAAAUCCAGGGAGACAUUAAGACUGCCAUGAAGCUGGAAGAACUCAUAAAGCUACUUAAGAAAUAGUGAUCAUAAGUACUCCCCAUUUGAGCCUUUAUUGCUCAAGGACAAUCUGAACAAACACAUACCACAAAUACACAAUUUACUUUCUGAAUAUUCUGAAGCCAAUACAAUAGCACUAAAAGAGAAAUGGGAAAAGGAUCGCAAGAUCCAGAUCACAGAUGAACACUGGAGCGAGAUUAAUGAGCAAUCACAGAGAAUUUGAAUUAAUACCAGGUAUAAGCUCUGCAAUUACAAAUUUAUUCUCAGAGCAUAUCUUACGCCUGAGAGACUGAACCGUUUUAAAACCGAUUCAUCCCCUCUCUGCCCUUGCAGCAAGCCAGAGACUGGUACGUUCGUACAUAUGGUAUGGUCUUGUUUCAAGCUUAGACAGUGGAGACGCUGGAGAUUGAGAAUAUUCUUGAAAAAGUUUUAUUGAGGGAAAUAUCUUUAUCUCCUGUGAUUACAGUGUUGUUGGGCGACUUGACCGAUCUAAAUCUUCCCUCCCAAAGGAUAAAGGUUUUUUUUUUUUUUUUUUUAGACUAGCUAUUACGGCUGCCAAAAGUGCAUCACAUCUAAGUGGAAUCAUUUUUUUAUUUAAUUGAAUUACUGUGUCAAACUGAAAGUCUUUUUAAUUUACCAGGUGGUUUUUAAAAUGUGAAAUGUUAUUUUGUUUUUAUGUCUCUACAUAAUAAAUGACAAAGGAAAGUAAGGAUCCCCCUAAUAUUACUCAGUUGAUUAAUGAGUUAAAUGAAUGUGCUCCUUUGGAGAAAAUAACCUAUACCUUGAGAUCUAGCUAUCUUCCAUAGGACUUGGGAUCUGUGGAUGACUUACAGGGAGCCUAUUUAAUUUACUAACUAUUUUAUUAUUUUUAUUUUUAUUUCUGUAUCUUUACUUUGUGGGGUGGGAGGGAUGCUGGAUGACCUGUCUCUGUGUGGAAGUGAGAAGUGGUGUGUAUUGUGGAAGAAUAAUUCCUUCAGGUCCAAUUCUGUGGCUGGUUCAGAUGAGUUUUAUUCACUGCGCAGUGGAGACAGAAGUUCACAACAUGAAUGUGAAUAUGGAAAAUGAAUAAACAGAAUUCCCCCCCAAAAAACAAGAAAUAGCGAUCGAUAGUAACAUUUGUAUAUGUAGGCUCUUUAUUAAAUCCUUCAUUUUAAUUGUAAA